AUGCAUUACCCCGACACGUACGACCUUUGCGCCAAGAACAAGAGCAUGACGUUUGAGGUGCGGCCUGCCGACCCCGAACCGAUGCUGGAGAUGCAGUCUCCGAGCUCCGGGCCCUGCAGCCCGCUGUCGGAGCACUCGGACACAAGCUGCUCCAGCCCGGACGUCAAGAGGUGUUCCGCCGCGGCGCUGGCGGCGCAGCAGAGGGUGCGGAGGCCGCUGAACGCCUUCAUCAUCUGGACCAAAGAGGAGCGCAGGCGCCUGGCGCAGCUCAACCCCGACCUGGAGAACACGGACCUCAGCAAAAUGCUCGGCCGCUCGUGGAAGGCCAUGUCUCUGGCGGAGAAGCGGCCCUACAUGCAGGAGGCGGAGCGGCUGCGCGUGCAGCACACCGUCGACCACCCCACCUACAAGUACCGCCCCCGCCGCCGCAAGCAGGUCAAGAAGACCCCCAAGGCGCCCUCCCCUGAGGCCCAGCCCCUCCCCGCCUCCUGCUACCCCGCCGGGCCCUACGACCUGAGCUACACCCGGCUGCCCCCCCCGCACCACCCGCACCACCCGCACCACCCGCACCACCCGCACCACCCGCAGACGACCCCCGGCCCCUCCUACGCUCACCCGGCCGGCUACCCUGCCCCCGACGCCCGCCCGACCCCGCCGCAGUACCCCAGCGCGGCCGACUGCUUCUCCUACAACAAGCCCCCCGGGCACCAGCGGCCCGCCCCCUACCCGGCCGACGGCCACGUGUACGGUCACCACGGCGACCCCGCCCAGCGCUACGAGCGCCCCGCGGCUCCGGGCGAGGAGGAGCAGUACUGGCUGUACCACGGGCAGCUGUACCCCGCCCUGCCCUGCAUGGAGCAGUACCUGGAGCAGGUGCAGCUGGACAUGCUGUACGACCUGGACCGCAGCGAGUUCGAGCAGUACCUGGGGCCCGGCCAGGGCCACGCCACAGAGACCGCCGACCCCUGUGGCUACCUGGAGCACCAGCACAGCGGGGGCUACAGAGAGGAGCGCUCCCUGUCAUGA